AAUAACGUUUAUUUGAUUCGAUAUAUCGUAGCUACGUACAUAAAAACGCCGUUAGAGCGAAUUUUGCCUUCGUAAACCAGAACACGUGAAGUAUUUUGCCUGGCAACGGUUUUUAGAGCUAUUUCUGUAAAAAAUAUUGUAGAACAUACUGUACCUUAUUGCUUUAACGCAAGUGAAUAAAAUCCUUUGCAUAGUUUAUGCUCUGAAAUUUUAAGUAAGUAGUGUAAGUGAUCUGAAUUUUUAAGCCGCGAUUUAUUUUAACCAAUCUUCCGUUACUAUUUAUCAAUUUAAACUCUAUUAUCAGAAGGAUACGGUAUAAAUUAAUAAAACAAUACAAUUUUUGGCACAACUACACAGAAAUAAUUAGUCAUGUCUUCUAUGUGUCUCAUAUUGACGUCAGAUUACAUGUAACAUUGUAGUGACAACGGGCGGAUUCAGUAAAGUGUUUCUCGAAUAUUGGAAAACCUUACACUAAAGUGUCAUAGUCGGUACAAAACAGUUGUGAACCGCAAACAGUGAAAAUGAUGACAAUAAGCGAGAGUCAGUUUUCCUCCAACAAAAUGUCGAGUAUCCACAAGAUAAAUGAUCGAGUGGUCCACAAGGACGCCUUCGACGACGUCAAAAGCUCCUCCAGUGUGAACAGCACUCUCAUCACAAAGCGCGGUUUCAAGCCCUCAGACAUGUUUGACCCUCAAAAAAAGGAAUUCCUUACGAACCUCAGUUAUAAGUUAUUCCCUGUAAGUUGGGAAGACUUAGAAAACAAACCAAUCAUAGUGGGCGAUAAGGAAGUGGACCUUAACAAGAUAUUUACCCCGGCGCCUGAUGCAGAGGAGCAUAUCAUCAAGAAAGAUCGUAAAUUCGAGAAAACCUUCGCAUCAUCAGCAUUCUACGUGCCCGGCGUGCACCCGACAGUCAAGGAGCAGAUGGACCUCGCUCGUGCUAUCUCCAAGUCGCUAUCUGACUCCAGCAACCACAUGUCCAAGGGGCAGAGCAUGUAUGUGAACAGGAAGAAGCGCUCCGUCAAGUGGGUACAUGAAGGACGAGGAAGAAACACUUCUAACUCGUGCUCUACGCCGACACCGGUCGCCAACCACGACACGCCGUACCGUCCACCGUCUAGUCUCCGCAACCAAAAAACAUAUCCCAAAUCCGCAUUAAAACAUACAUCGAACAUACCGAAAAUGGAACCGUUCCCAGUCUCACCGCCAACAAUUACUCUACAAAACGUCGAAAUCCCAGUGCCUUUAGCGCCCACGAAAUUAAACGAUGUCUAUGCUUCUCCAAAAAGCCCGCGCUUACCACUUGUCUCUGGUCCGAAUUUCAAUGUGGCGCCGCGCGGUUGGGGCGAAAUGAAAGAUUACUACAGACCCGUCUCGCUAGAUGGCGUUGGACAAACAAAAGGAUUUACAGACUAUUAAAAUAAGUCGUGAUAAAACAUUUAACGGUGAUUACACACCAUGGUUAAAUCAAUUUUUGGAAUUAUGAACAAUACGUGAUGCGACAGAGGAAAAGUUUACGAUAAAUAAAUGUACCAAAACAAUAUAAUAAUUCAAAAUUAUUUAACAGUAAAUAUGGCAGCUGAUGUAAAAAUUUAUUUCGCAAACAGCUACUUAUUGAUAUAAGUUUCCUAUUAAUUUAUUUAUUUACUUAAUUAUGCUAAGAUUAAAUCUAAGAUCCCUUAGCCAUAAAUACGACAUAUUUUAGCAUUUAAUUAACAGUCAAAGUGCGUUAUAUUUUUCUCUACUUUCAUAAGUUUAUCAAUUUAGUCGAAUAAAAAUUGGGGUUUGAAUUUUUGUUCAAAGUCGGUAUUUUAUCUUAAAAUUCAUUUUGAUAUGAAAUAAUUAAUAUUAAUAAGUAGUGUAUUCUUAAAUAUGCACACUGCACAGGCUAAUCAUUUUUUUAUUAGGAUUAGCUCACUUUAUCUAAGGAUAAUGUCCUAGUCUCUAAUUAAAAUCAAAAUUAAUAAUAAUUAAUUGACAUAAAACGUACCCUUGGUACUGAUAAUAAAUACAUAUCAAUCGAUAUCAACAAACCCUGAAAAUAAUUAGCUAGUCAUAGUUUAUUACAUUUGAGGUUAAUUUUAUAUUUGUUACAAAGAUUAUAAUAUUCUAUAAUAUUAUCUAACAUAAAUUAUUAUUACGAAUACUAGAUAUACUAACUGUUGAUAACAUAAUGUACGAUUUAUUUUAUGUUACCAAAUUUUUAAUACACAAUUUGUAAGUUUGUUUACUGUAAUUAUUUAAGAUUAUUAUAAAUAAAUGUCAUAGAGAAA